AUGCAGAGUGCAGCAGCCGCAAGGCGUUAUGCAGUAAAAUACCCCAAUCGAAAUACACCCGAACGACGAUUAUUUCUGACAAUUGAUCGUCGUUUACGGGAGACGGGUACAUUCCAACCGCAAGUUGCUGGCAAUAGUGGUCGUUUAAUAAUGGAUGCAACUGAUGAACAGAUUCUAGAAAUCAUUGAAGAAGUCUCUGGAACAAGUACAAGGGCAAUGGCUGCUCAAUUAAAUAUUCCUCACUGCUUUCAACCCUUACAAGAGCGAACUCUCGACAGCCGCAACCCUCUGAGCGCAGGCGUCCAUAGCAGUGGCGCGUCGGCGUCCCGACGCUCGCGAUCGACUGUAUCAGCCGCCCUAAUCUCCAACCCAGUCUCGUCAGGUGCACAGUACCUGCAACAGACUGCCCUAUGGCAGUCCUUCCGCGUAGUUAGACCAUAUGUGAUGUAUUCGCUGGAACACGGCGUGAAUCUGUCGAGGCGGGCAUGCAAGACAGGCUACGUGUUGUUGACUGUGUUGUUAUUGUUGUUGUUGAUCGGAAACAGACACUGCUUUGCCAAACCGCCGAAUCAUGCUGCCGACAACCACAAACAGCCCUCGGCUAACCUUGACACUAACUCAUAUGACAGCAGUUUGUAUAGAGCCAUUCCGACUCCCUCCGGCCAUAGAACGAACCUCGUACCGGUGGAAGAUGUUAAGGACAAUACGCAGGAGGAGGUUAUUACCGGGCUCGUUACCCAGAAAACGCCGGAUAAAAAGGAGGUGACCAGAUAUCCCAUCAUUUCAGUCUCUUUUCACAGAGUCGAAACGCCGUUCAUCAUUGCUUUAUGGAUUUUUUGUGCCAGCCUGUCCAAAAUAGGAUUUCACAUGGCGCCGAAGCUGAGCGAGAUAUUUCCCGAAUCGUGCCUACUGAUCUUCGUGGGCGUGGUGAUCGGAGUGAUCCUGGUGCAUAUAACAGAUAGCGUUCACAUGUCACCAUUGACACCUGAUACGUUUUUCUUUUACAUGCUUCCACCGAUCAUCCUCGACGCCGGCUAUUUCAUGCCUAAUCGACUGUUUUUUGAACAUUUUGGCACUAUUCUCUUGUUUGCUGUUGUUGGCACUAUUUUUAAUACUUUAACUAUAGGUGCUUCCUUGUGGGCGGUCGGACUGACAGGUCUGUUUUCCUGUGAUACUCCUCUGUUAGACAUGUUCCUGUUCGGCUCUCUGAUCUCCGCAGUCGAUCCAGUAGCAGUUCUAGCAGUAUUCGAAGAAAUUCAAGUUAACGAGAUUUUGUACAUAGUUGUGUUUGGCGAAUCGCUUCUCAACGAUGCUGUGACCGUGGUCCUGUACCAUCUCUUUGAGUCCUACACGGAGAUGGGACUCAAGAAUAUCCUGUACGUCGACAUGAUCUCGGGAUUCUUGAACUUUUGGGUGGUCGCCAUCGGCGGGACGGUCAUCGGGGUGAUUUGGGGCAUCGCCACCUCCAUAGUGACUAAGUUUACGAAUGAAGUGCGUGUUAUAGAACCUAUUUUUAUAUUUGUUAUGGCCUAUUUAGCAUAUUUAAACGCCGAGAUAUUUCAUAUGUCCGGAAUUUUGGCGUAA